CACUUCCAGAAGCCGUUGGAACAUGGAAGCAAACUAGCGGAUCAUGAUCAAAUACAAAAGAGAGAGAAAAAAGUCUCACCCAUUUUCCUUUCGAAAGAGCUAAAAGAGAGAUCGAAAUCGAUGCCAGGUGAUAACAAACCAACAACAAUCAAGCUUUUCUGUCCUUCAGUAUCGAAGCUGGUUCCAUUCGUGGUGUGGGAUGGCCAGAAACUUGACCUUGGGUCGAUAGCUCGAGCAUUCGGACUCGACCCAUCGACAGUUAAGCUUAAUGGGCACUUUAUAAGCAGAGGGGUGGAUCUCGUUUCGCCGUCUGUUACGUGGAGGUCACUGCUUUCUUUCUUCUCUUCUAAAGGUUUGUCUACUGGGACUGAUGAUAAGAGCGCUCUCAUUGUUGAUGGCAAGCUUUGCAAAGUUGGGACUAAGAGAGCACAUGAACCUCAAGAUGGUGUUAAUGGGAAUCAAGACAUAGCUGGAAAGCAUGGAGUUAAGGAGGUUGGAAUUAUCACAAAGCUACAGGUUGAAGAUCUUGACUCGAUCAAGAAUAAAAAGCUAAGAGAUAGCAGCUCAGGAUGCCAUGAGGGAGCUAGCCGUCCAGUGUCCGAAUGGAAUGGCCUUGGCUUCAAGAGAAAGAGUUUCAUGGGCGAUGUCAGCUUACUCAAUAAAUUAAAGAUUAAUGAGACCAGCUCAGAUUUUCAAGCAAGUGGGAACAAUGGCUCUAGCACCAUUUUGAGCACGCCAUUUAAAUGCUGUUACUUGAGUGGCAGUAUGAAGAGGAUGAGGGAAGAUGAAGUGGUUGUAGCUGCAUCUUGCAAGAGGGUCAGUUAUGGCUGCCAUUCUACAUGAUCAGAUUGUACUGUCUCCAUAUGUUUAAUCACUAGCCAACCACCAAAUGCCAACUUUCGGAUGAGAGAUUGAGGAUUUGAAUUCUUGUAAGUUAUAAAGAUGUAAAUAGAGUUUAACAGGAUUCAUGCUUUUUGUGGAAACAGACUUGUAAUAAGCUUAGUGUGCAAUUACAUGCCGACUUGGUUCAUA